AGUUCCCGCGCGGCAGCCUCGCAGCGCGCCACGCCGAUGCGCUCCUGGCGGCGGCAUCGCGAACUACUCGGGACCAUCGCGGAUGUCGGCAGGCGCGGGCGGGUUCGGCGUGCAUUAAGGUCCACCUCCUGCUAGCGGGCCAGAUGCGCGUUCGUCCUCAUGACUCCUCGAACGCAAACGUCCAGGACAUGGGCCAACCCUUUUCCCUCCAUUUCAUAAACCAGCAAAUUUUUUUAAUCAUAAAUAAUUAAAUAUAACUAACGCUGUUAUCUCCGCAGUGAAAAAAUUUAAGAAAUAAAUAUUUUAAAAAAUUGCAUUAUACUGUUUCAAAAAAAAAUAUAUUGAACGUACUUUUAAUAUGAAUUCCGUGUGUAGUAUGUCGAGAAAGCUAAUAUUUUAAUUUAUUCAUGUUUCACCGACAUACACGCAAAUAUCCAUACUUGAAUAUCAACGCUUGAUAAAAGCUACCCAGGUUAUGUUGUUUUUCAUGUGGAUAUGAAAAGGUGUGCGGAUGAUUGUGGAUCGCUCGGAUUGUUGGCGGACGGACGCCGAAGGAACUGCCAGGAGUGACGCCGCUGUCCGGGUGUUUGCGGUGGAGCGACGCCUGCGCCUGCGCGGUGGGGGAAGGGGAUCCUUCAACUGAAAGAAGCGAGAGGAAUAAGAAAUGAGGUGGAUAGAAGAAUGUCUAUGAACCACCACGUUCCAGUCGUGAGCUGCGCGUGAGGUCCUCAUAUUAACAUAAACGUCCGGAAGAACGGACUCGUACUCCGAGGAAGUCUGCCUUGGCACCGAGUGUACUUAUUCGCUGUGAGAAAACAUCCAGCACUUUAACACGACACCAAACAAGCCCAGAAUAAAAUAAAUAAAAUGUUGUCUCCCGAGCUUCGGUGCUUUUGCGCUCGCUCUGAAAAGACUUGAGGUGUAAAAAAAAAAAAAGUUCAACACACUAGGACAAUGUAUUACCUAAAGAGGAAGCAUUCAGCGACUAUCUUAUUUGAACAUCGUUCACGCUAACUAGACAAAACAUCUGUGUUUCUUUAAUGCCUUAAUUUCUUACUGCCACAAAUUUAAUACCAAAUAAUAUAAAUUUUUUGUGGUUACAAAAACCUUCGGUUUUUCAAUAAACUUUUUUUUGUGAUGUGACGGUCACAGUUGACCUACGAAUAACUGCACAUGUUUAAAGGAGCAACUGAUGAGCGUAUUGAAUAGGAUAAUUAUUUACAUUCUUGAAAUAAUAAUAAAUAUAAUUUCCCACAGAUAUUUAACUGAAAUAUAUUUUUGUUGCAAAGACGUUUCUAAUAACUUCAGGACGGCUUCUACUACACAUCAUUACACUCUCACCUUCCAACGGACCAAUUUUUAACCACGAUCACUCCCAUGUUGGCUUUUUUUUAACAAUGAACGCGCGUGGGUGUCGCAGAGUUGAUCAGUGCAUAGGAGAAGUCAGUGGAGAUCAUUUGGCGGCGCUGGCCUCCAGGUCCUAGACUGCAGCGCGCGAUGGCCGCGAUGGUGACGGCGUGGUCGCCCGCCGACUACAACGCCUCCUCCACCACGGACAGCUUCCUGGACGACGCGAACACGUCGGCGCGCGCCAACGCGUCGGCGAUGGACCGCGAGUGCGACACGGACCAGCCCACGCUGCUGCUCAUCACCCAGGUGCUGUACGCGGCCGUCUGCAUCGUGGGGCUGCUCGGCAACAGCCUCGUCAUCUACGUGGUGCUGCGCUUCUCCAAGAUGCAGACAGUCACCAACAUGUACAUAGUGAACCUCGCCGUGGCGGACGAGUGCUUCCUCAUCGGCGUGCCCUUCCUGCUGGCCACCAUGAACCUGCGCUUCUGGCCCUUCGGCAACAUCAUGUGCAAGGCGUACAUGACGACGACGAGCGUGAACCAGUUCACCAGCAGCAUCUUCCUCACCAUCAUGAGCGCCGACCGCUACAUCGCCGUCUGCCACCCCAUCUCCGCGCCCAAGAUCCGCACGCCCUUCAUCUCCAAGGUGGUGUCCGCCUCGGCGUGGACCGCCAGCGCGCUGCUCAUGAUCCCCAUCUUCAUGUACGCCAACAUCAUGGAGAGCGAGAACAACAUCAGCUGCAACAUCCUGUGGCCCGAGAGCGAGAACAUCAGCAGCCAGACCGCCUUCACGCUCUACACCUUCAUCCUGGGCUUCUCCAUCCCGCUCAUGCUCAUCUCCGUGUUCUACAUCCUGGUGAUCAGGAAGCUGAAGACGGUCGGGCCCAAGAACAAGUCCAAGGAGAAGAAGAAGUCGCACCGCAAGGUGACCAAGCUGGUGCUGACGGUGAUCACGGUGUACGUGUUCUGCUGGCUGCCGUACUGGCUGACGCAGGUGGCGCUGAUCUUCACGCCGCCAAAGCAGUGCCAGUCGCGGGUGUCCAUCACCAUCUUCCUGCUGGCGGGCUGCCUGAGCUACUCCAACUCGGCCAUGAACCCCAUCCUGUACGCCUUCCUCAGCGACAACUUCAAGAAGAGCUUCCUGAAGGCGUGCACGUGCGCCACGGGGCAGGACGUGAACAACGUGCUGCACAUGGAGAACAGCGUGUUCCCGCGGCGGCAGCACCGGCAGGGCGGGUCGGAGCGCCAGCGGCCCGCCAGGACGGCGGCGCUGGAGGCGGGCGGGGGCGGCGAGACGGGCCCGCUGGUCAGCAAGGCGGACAGCUCCGUCACCACCAUGACCAUGACCUCGCGCUCCAACAUCACCGCCAGCACGGACGCCAAGGACACGGCCGGCAAGGACCCGGCCGCCGACACGGUGCUCAAGAACGGCCAGCAGCCCACCCGGGUGUAGACUUGUGCUCUGCAGUGUCGCCGGCAGCUGGCGCGCGAACACUUCAGCCCGUGAUGCCCCUGCGCUAACAGUGCCGGAAUAUUCCACUGUUCCCUUACUUCAACCACUGCAUACUUAAAGCAUAGUUUAAUUAUUUUUUAAAAACUGAUACCAAAUCACAACAUAAAUUAUUUUCUUUGCUUAUUUUUUUUCUUCCGGUCUUACUGUCAACGCUACGGAAUCCGAGAUUAUAUUUUGGAAAGUGAAACAAACCGUUUGACUGUAUCGCGAGGAAAUGUGAUGAUCUCAGGGAAGAUAAACAUUGUAAACAGGGUAUCCGACAGAUUGCAGUCAACUUGUUCGUCAGAUUUUUGAGGCUUGAAACGAAUUAAAAAUAAUAAACUUGUGGAAUUUGUACUGAGUUUAUGAGGCUUAAUUUAUGUGAGAUAGCUUUACGAACAAAAUUGAUAAAUUUUGGCUCGUUUGUUAUAUGAUUGCAUAUUUUUAAAAGUGAUAUUUGGUUAUAUAUUUAUUUUAAAUGUGUGUCCCAUUUCCCAGGUGGAAAAUAGAAUUUAUGCGAACACACUUUGUUGUAAUUACUUAACUAUAGUGGUGUGAAAUCAGUUUUUUCUGAACGAAAACAUUUCUAGUGUUGCUACUGCAAAUCAAAUAAACAUAUACUGAAACUUAGCUAACAGUUACUAAGGCGUUCACUUAUUCAUAUCAAAAACUCUAUCAAAGUUUCCCUUUUAAAGUGUAUUAUUUUGUAACUAUUUUGUAAACUUGUGUAAGUAGUAAACACUCAAGGUAACAAGCAAAAAACAAUUUUUUUUGGAGAUUGAACUUUUGGUACAUUUAUAAUUCAGUAAUUGGGUAUUUGAAAAAUGUGCAUCAGCUAUUUCAAAUAUAAAUCAUCUAAGAAAGCAUUGAAUUCGUGUUUGCUGUGGUAAACUAUUAAAAAUAGAACAAUGAUUAUUUGUUGCAGCUCAUUUUACGUCUAAAAUGUUUAUAUAUUUAUUAGUAAGUGAGAAUAUUUUCAAAUAUAUAUAUUCUUUUGUGAUUCAGAACAUCUGAAUAAUUAAUCUGAAAGCUUACACAGUAGAAUACAUCAGCAGUUAUUGAACAUGUAUUAUUAAAUUUAUUGCAUAAAAAUGCAAUAGUCUAAAGUUUUUUAGUUAAUAUUGUCAAACGUAUUUUUUUAAGGAAUUUCUGAAACAGUUCUUCGUAUUUAAUUCCAAAAAAAUCCUUUUAAUUUUUUAGUAAUAUCUUGGGUUAGUUAGUACUCCUGCCGUCUUCAUAAUGUGGCUUUCUUUAAAUAUUCCAUCUGAAAUUUUAGAAAUAUUUAUGUGUUAAAACAAACAUUGAUAAGAUGUUAUGGCGACAACAGAAAGUUUAGCCAACGGAGCCGCGAACCAUCUCCAUUGCCAUGAAAUAUGAUAAGUAAGAUUUUUUUACUUGAGCCCGUAAAAUCUUGCUACCAUAUUUCACAUUUUCAUAGGCCUAAAUAACAUGUAAUCGUUAGAUUAACAGACUCAUGAAAUAUUAUAAAACCAUUCAACUUGGUUGUAUUUUAGGGUCAAUUUCGUUGUAAAGCGUGAUUCAAAUAGAAACUUAAACGUAUUUGUUUUUACAUUAUUUUGAAUUUUAACUGCAUGUUCUGUCGGAGUUUAAAAAAAUGUCUCAUUGGGGUAUAAAAAAAGGGUACGUAAGUGUUCUGGUAACCAUUUUUAGUUUGUAUCAUACAAGUAAUGUUGUCACAUUUAUAGUCAAUAUCUAUAACUAAAGCAUGCUUACGUGAAAAGUUUGUGUUGUAUGUGAAAGAUUUCCUUACGUAAAUAGGCACUUCCUUGGUCACAUUUUGCACGAACGUAUUUUUCAAAUUAAUUUUGCACGUGAACACUUUUUGUUUACUUCCUGACAACAAAAAUAUGUACGAAUCGUCAAAAUGCAAAUACACUCAUAUCUACUACCUGUACGAAAAUUGUAAAGUAGAAAAUUAAUAUUUUACUUUAGGUUAAAGGAAACUUCUUACAUUUUAAAAAUACUUUCCUGUCAAAUGUAGAUAUUUUAGUAAGCGUUAUUUUUUUUAUGAUAUGUCACAUACAUGCAAUUUAAUCAUUUUUGCCACCUACAGUUGUCUGUACUGUGUAUUCAUGUAAACGUUAAAAAAAAAUUAAGAACACGUUUACAGUACCUGUUCUGUAGAGAAUAUUGAUGUAACAAUUUCACUUAAUUUUGGAGGAAGGAUAAUAUUUUUAAUUUAGUUUAUCAGUGUUUAAAUGUAAUUAUUUUGCUAUACAAAUUUUUUCUUUGUAUAAAUAGUAGCAAGCCAGUAUAUUGACGUAGUUUUCAUGUUUGAAUAAUAGAGAUUAAAUUUUUCUUUGUUUUAUUAUUUUGUAUGAAGUACCUAUGGAAAGAAAACUUGUAACGAAAAUGAAAUGUUAUUACAAUUCACUCUUCUUUUCAAGAAGUGUCGUCCAGUUCGAUGUAAAAAGUGUCAUGUCCUGACGUUAUAUCUAUUUAAAUAAUAAACGUUACACAAAGUGGUUGUUAA